AUGCUGAACGCCUAUCAGGUAUAUCAAGGCCUUUGUCCUUCCACUGAACUCCCUAAGCCCAGGCAUGCGACUCUCCGGAAAUUAUAUGCCCCACAUUCGCCGCCUUCACCUGCGACGAUACUUGACUCUGGUGCCCUUGUUCUGUACUUCCCAGCGCCCAGAACUGUGACUGGCGAAGAUGUUUUGGAACUGCAUGUACAUGGCGGCCCAGCAGUUGUGCGUGCAGUGCUGGCAGCUAUACCUGAAUGCGGCGCAGUAUCAGAAACUCCAGCAUUCAUGCGCUCACAAAUCCGAUAUGCGGAACCUGGAGAAUUCACCCGACGCGCUUUCGCCAACAAUCGCAUGAACCUACCGCAGAUCGAGUCGCUAGGCGAGACUUUGUCAGCUUCUACUGAGCAGCAACGCAAGCUAUCUGUGAGAGGCACAACUUCUUCACUGGCUAAGCGUUAUGAGAAGUGGCGCAAACUCCUACUGGAGGCGCGGGGUGAGCUUGAAGCCUUGAUCGACUUUUCCGAAGACCAACACUUUGAUGAAUCCCCGGCAGCAUUAUGCGCCUCUGUUGCAUCCCAAGUCCAGGUCUUGAGCACACAGAUGGAAGCGCACAUUUCCAACGCUGUACGCGGAGAAUUGCUGCGCAAUGGAAUCAGUGUUGCGCUUCUCGGAGCACCCAACGCAGGCAAGAGCAGCUUGCUGAAUCGUAUUGUUGGGCGAGAUGCUGCCAUUGUAUCUCAGGAAGCUGGCACAACACGAGAUGUGGUCGAGGUAGGACUGGAUAUGGGUGGAUGGCUCGUGAAGAUUGGUGACAUGGCUGGUUUACGCAGGGCUGGCCUAGUGGGUGGUGAUGUGGUUGGAGCGGUAGAACAAGAAGGCAUCAGGCGCGCUAAGCAAAGGGCCCUCGAGUCGGAUGUCUUGAUUGUCGUCCAGGAUGCCACAGUCGAUAUGGAUGUUGAGGUCAUGGAGACGGCGAAGCAGUGUGUUGACAUUGGCAUCAACGUCAUAUUCGCUAUCAACAAAAGCGACCAGAUCUCUGCUCUUGACACCGCUCAACGAGAAUGGAAGGAGAAAGUUCAUUCUGCGCUCGGGCUGCCCGAAGACCGAAUAAGUUUCAUUUCUUGCAAAGAGGCCACGGCUGGUAAUAUACUGGCAUUCCUCACCACUCUGCAAGACAUUUUCAAAUCUAUGACUACGGCGCUUGUACCCGAUUCUGACUCGGAUCCAGAUCCAAGCAUAUGGCAAGAAUCCUUGGGCACAACCGAGCGUCAGCGUCUUCUUCUGUCCGAGUGUCUCAGUCAUCUAUCUGCCUUUCUCACGACCGUCAACAGUUCGUCUUCGGUUGCAUGUCCGAUCAGCGAGGCAGAUGAAGUAGACAUAGUAGUCGCUGCCGAAUGUCUACGGUCCGCUGCUGACGCCCUGGCUCGUAUCACGGGCCGAGGCGAGAGCGGGGAUGUUGAAGAAGUUUUGGGGGUUGUUUUUGAAAAGUUCUGCGUUGGAAAGUGAUAACGUCCUCAUACAACUUUGUCGCGUUUGCAAAAAACCCAAACGGCGAUAUCAAAAGUAGAGGGGCUAGCCUAAGAUGUACGAUCAAGUAGCAGCAAAGUCAGCAGGGUGGCUACAUGAAGCCACUAGCGUAACCGUGUCACUCUAACUGGGAGUAGUAAAGUGAAAACCCAUCAAAGCUCAGGAAGACAAGGAAAAUCAGUUAAUAGCAUGAAUUCAAACAAAAGAUAAACGGUCAAUGUAAGAUG